AUAGUAUACAGACCCCGGUUUGCGUCGGCAUUUAUUGAACAGAGACGGUUUAACUUGAAAAAUAUCCAAUAAGUAACUUUUUAAAAAGAACCAAGUUGCUUUCGGCGGUUCUCAUGGUGGAGUUUGGGUGUAGUGGAAGAGCCGGCUGAUGAAUUGAAUGCCACCCCGCCGACAAGUCUCCAUGGAUUACCCAGCAAGGACCACCACCAUGGCCCCACCGGUGCCGCCGCACAAAGCCCAGCCAGGCCGGCCGGGGCAGGGGCAAGAGCGGCUGCUGAAGUGCGUGCUGCUCGGAGACGGAGCGGUGGGCAAGACGAGCCUGGUGGUGAGCUACACCACCAAUGGCUACCCGACCAAAUAUGUCCCCACUGCUUUUGACGACUUUUCCGCUGUGGUUCAAGUGGACGGAAGCCCGGUUCGACUACAGUUGUGCGACACCGCAGGACAGGACGAGUUUGACAAACUCCGCCACUUCUGCUACAGUCGCACGGACGCCUUGCUGCUGUGCUUCAGCGUGGUCAGCCCCGCCUCCUUCCAGAACGUCUGGGAGAAGUGGGUCCCGGAAAUCCGCCGCCGCUGCCCCCUCACGCCCGUCCUCCUGGUGGGCACGCAGUGCGACCUGCGGCAGGACGUCAAGGUCCUCAUCGAGCUGGCCAGGCGGAAGGAGAGGCCCGUGGCCGAGGAGGACGCCAGAGCGCUGGCGGAGAAAAUGGGGGCGGUGACCUACGUGGAAUGUUCGGCCCUGACGCAGAAGAACCUGAAGGAGGUGUUCGACGCCGCCAUCGCCGUGGGGUUGAGGAAUUCGGACCGGAGAGUGCGGCGGGAGAAGGUGCGGAGUACGGCGGAUAAGAUGAAGAUGCUCUCCAAGUCGUGGUGGAAGAAGUACGUGUGCGUCCAGUAGAACUUCCCGUGGGACAAUGGAGCAACAAUAACUUGGAUGUUUAUGCGGCGCCAAGCUCCGCAGUCGUCACCGUGACUUGAACCAGCCUUCAACCAAAAACUAUGCAGCUCAUCUUAUUACACAGUGACUGCAUACGCAAAUGUGAACUGGAGUUGGAUGAGGGGACAUGAACUCAGACUAUAUUCCCUAUAUCAUCUAUAUGUGGUGUACACUGUAUGUAUGUCUUUGGCCAAAAUCCCAACAGGAUUCAUCUUGUGUCCUUUCGAAUGGUAUACAAAAACAACAUUCACAUUGAGCAAUGAUUUUAGACUUUUAAUUGAAAAAACUAUCAUGAAGAUCAGGCCUGGGCAAUAAUUUUGACUGGGGGGGGGGCAAAUUUAGGGAAAGAAAUGUGUCUGAGGACCGGUAAAUCUAUUUUUAGGAACACUAAUACACGGUGGAAGAGGGGUUAAUGCGUCUGCCUCACAAUACGAAGGUCCUGCAGUCCUGGGUUCAAAUCCAGGCUCGGGAUCUUUCUGUGUGGAGUUUGCAUGUUCUCCCCGUGAAUGCGUGGGUUCCCUCCGGGUACUCCGGCUUCCUCCCAUUUCCAAAGACAUGCACCUGGGGAUAGGUUGAUUGGCAACACUAAAUUGGCCCUAGUGUGUGAAUGUUGUCUGUCUAUCUGUGUUGGCCCUGCGAUGAGGUGGCGACUUGUCCAGGGUGUACCCCGCCUUCCGCCCGAUUGUAGCUGAGAUAGGCGCCAGCACCCCCCGCGACCCCAAAAGGGAAUAAGCGGUAGAAAAUGGAUGGAAUGGAUAAUACAAAACCUCACAAUAACGUCUGAUUGAAUGCUAAAAACAUUCGGACAGACUUUAAAAAAACAGAAUGGAAUUGUAAAUUUUUCUAUGAACGAUAAAAAACUAAAUAUUGACAACAUAUGACCGUCACACCCACUCUCGAUCGACGUAUUUUACAAUCAAGCAAAAACGCGACAAACAGCGAAAUAUGAACACAAAGGGUACAAAUACAAUAUACUAUCUGAUAUAUAACAACAAAGCUUUAGAACUGUGUUGUAAAAAUCUCCUUCCACGUCUGUCCUUGACACCCACAUUUCGGGCUGACACUCUUUGGAAAUGCCCCCCACCCCCACUGCUUGGGGCCUCGUCUGAGCUGCUGUGACUUAGAUUGCCAUAGCAACUAAUUAAUUACCAUAGUAACUAGUAUAUCGUGCAAAAGCGCAAGAUUCCAACCACUGAAAUACCUAUAGUUCAAGACUUGCGGUCAUUUAAAAACAUCACUGCACAUCAUGGCAGCUACACUUUGAUUGAUUGAUUGAUUGAAACUUUUAUUAGAAGCGGUAUAACUCGGUUGGUAGAGUGGCCGUGCCAGCAACUUGAUGGUUGCAGGUUGGAUCCCCGCUUCCGCCAUCCUUGUCACUGUCGUUGUGUCAUUGGGCAAGACACUUUACCCACCUGCUCCCAGUGCCACCCACACUGGCUUAAAUGUAAAAAAAAAAAAAAAAUAGAUAUUGGGUUUCACUAUGUAAAGCGCUUUGAGUCACUAGAGAAAAAGUGCUAUAUAAAUAUAAUUCACUUCACUUAAUUAGUAGAUUGUACAGUACAUAUUCGGUACAAUUGACCACUAAAUGAUAACACCCGAAGAAGUUUUUCAACUUCUUUAAGUCGAGGUCCACAUUAAUCAAUUCAUGGUAAAGAUCCAUCUCAAAGAUGUAAAAAAAAUAUUUGGGAAUGUCUGGCGGGCCGGAUAGAAAUACUUAAUGGGCCGCAUGUGGCCCCUCCGGCUUUAAUUUGCCCAGGUCUGAUGAAGAUGAUGCAAGUUUUUAUUUUUCCUAAAAAAAUAUAUUUAGUACAAAACACCACAAUUUUGAAUUUUUUAAAUUUUUUAAACCGAGAUAAAAUCGUGGUUUAGCAUUUUAAUUUUAUUUUUAGGCUUUAAAAAAAUGAAGCUAUUUCAGGGGUGCACAAUACGUCGAUCGCAUGGCAUUAAAAAAAUAAUAGACUUCAGUAUCAACCCUGACGGCGCACCGCUGAGUGCGCAAUGCGCAAAAACUCCGCCAAACGCGGCAAAACCAACAAGCUAGCUAGCCAGGUACCAAGUUAGCCUCCAUUUUAUACCCCUCGUUUUGUUUCUCUAAACUUAAAAAAGAGAUUAAAAAUGAGUGGAGAAGCUGAACCAAGCAAAAAGCCAGACACAUAUCACCUUCUUACGGAAUGGGAGGACUUUUUUGUUUUUUUUUCACUACAUCAUUUUCGAAGUGCAUAUAAGUGAAAGGUGGAACGCCAUUUUCCGACUGCUCGUAAAAACUAGGACACAGACUUCCCACCGACAAGCGAGCUGAGGAGGAGAAAGGUGAAGGAACUAACAUGCCAGUUGUCAUUUUUCCUCACAGCUAACUUCGAAAGCGAACGCCGUCACCGAAGCAUCGUUCCGCGUGAGUCAUUUCAUUCCAUCCAGUGCAAGUCAUCCGAGUAAAGGAUUGACCAAAAAAGUGACAUAGUUAAUUGUUUUAUGUAAUAUGGACUCAUUUGAUUUCGCCAGGUACAUUAACAUACAUUGUACAUAUAGAGAAUCCUCAAUAUCCAUCCAUUUUCUACCGUUUGUCCUUUUUCGGGGCCACAGUGGCUGCUGGAGCCUAUCUCAGUUGCAUUUGCGCAGAAGGCGGUGUACACCCUGGACAAGUUGCCCCCUAAUCGCAGCACCAACACAGGUUGACAGAAAACGCGCACAUUCACAGUAGGGCUGGGCGAUAUUGCCUUUUUUUAAUAUCGCAAUAUUUUUAUGCCAUAUUGCGAUAUACGGUAUAUAUUACGAUAUUUUGCCUUAGCCUUGAAUGAACACUUGAUGCAUAUAAUCACAGCAGUAUGAUGAUUCUAUGUGUCGGCAUUAAAACAUUCUUCUUCAUACUGCAUUAAUAUAUGCUACUUUUAAACUUUCAUGCAGAGAGGGAAAUCACAACUAAGUAAAUUGACCAAAACUGUAUUUAUUAAAUACUCUUCAUUGUCUCACAGGUGACUUUUUAAAUGAAAGAACAAAUUAACAGUGUUGCUAACUUUUUGUAGUAACACUUCUGCUGCAUACUUUGCAUAUUGCUGUUGUCUGCUGAAUAUCUUCCCAGUUGAAGCCAAACCACCGCCAGAUGAUGGAUCCCCUGCUCUUUAUUUUUAGCAUGUAUUGUUUCUUCCUCUAUUCCUGAUCAGUUUCGCACCAUCUCUCUCUUGCAUUGUCACAAGCUCCCCUCCGCUCGACCUGCCUCAGCUAAUGUUAGCCAUGCUGCUACCUCUCUAAUCGACGAGAGCGUAUGAUGCUACACGCGCGACAGUAUGUGACGUAUGUAAGAAAGGCGGGCUUGUUUUCCGCCUAUGUGAGAAUUAGAGACGAGGAGUGAGAAACGCCAGUAAUGUAAUGCCCGCAGCUAAAAGCAACUGUGUGAGAUCAUACAAUCGAAUAUUACGAUAUAGUCAUUUUCUAUAUCCCACAGAGACAAACCUGCAAUAUAUCGUUUAUAUCGAUAUAUCGCCCAGCCCUAAUUUACAGUAGGGCUGGGCGAUAGUGCCUUUUUUUAAUACCGCGAUAUUUUUAGGCCAUAUCGCGAUAUACAAUAUAUUUCUCGGUGUUUUGCCUUAAUGAACACUGGGUACAUAUAAUCACAGCAGUAUGGUGAUUCUAUGUGUCUACAUUAAAACAUUCUUUUUCAUACUACAUUAAUAUCUGCUACUUUUAAACUUUCAUGCAGGGAAGGAAAUCACAACUAAGUCAAUUCACCAAAACUAUAUUAAAGUUAUUAGCAGGUGACUUUUCAAAUGAUGCUACAUAUUAGCAGCAAUGUUACUUUUGGUAGCAACGCUUGUGCCCCACACAUGACAAAUUAAAGUUGUCUAUUCCACAUAUUCCCGCUUGAAGCCGAAGCACCGCUAGACGACGGACCCCGUGCUGUUUUUCUUGGGAAUUAAUUCUUCCUUCAUUUGUUACCAGAUUGGCACCUUCUUUCUCUCGCAACAACCCGCUAGCAUCACAGCUAACGUUAGCCAGACCGCUACCUCUCUGCUGGGCGAGGGCGUAUACGUAUGUGACGUAUGUAAGAAUGUGCGCCUGCUUGUCUGUGAGAAGGAGACACAGGAUAGAGCGAGGAGAGUCUGCAGUGUAAUGCCUGCAGCUAAAAGCAACUGCGUGAGAACGUCUAUUCGAAUAUUACGAUAGUCAUUUUCUAUAUCGCAAACAGACAAACCCGCGAUGUAUCGCGUAUAUCGAUAUACCGCCCAGCCCUAAUUCACAGUCAAUAUAUUCAUAAAUAAAUAUAUGUUUUGGAUUUUUGUCAUAGGUAUGAGAUGAGAAAUACUUUAUUAAUCCAUGAGAGGAAAUUAAAAUUUUCAGCAGAAUCCCAUUCAAAAUCAGACAAACAUUACAGGGAGACAGAACAGGAUCGCUGACGGGUCUGCCAACUUCUGUCGUCCCUUACAAAAAAGGUUAGGUACAGGUGAACAAUGGGGGGGCUGUUGAGAAAAAAAAUUGAAAUAAAAUCGGUCUAUGCCUGGAAAAAUUAAAUUGUAGAUCAUUUUGGCUUGGUCAUUUCAUAAGUAACUCGCAUGUUGAAAGAGUGUGUGCACUCCUGGAUUAGAUAUUGAACAAAUGACGCAAUGAAUCUCUAAAAAAAAGUGUCUUAAAAAGCAAAUAAAUCCGGUGCUCCGGUGUUGCUGUACAGUAAAAAGCAUGUUUCUCCAUAUUUUGCAUUUUGAAACCUUUUUUUUUCUUCUAGAACUUGCUUGAUUAGAAGCUAUUUAAAAAGUGGUAAACAUCCAUCCAUCCAUUUUUUACCGCUUGUUCGUUUCGGGAUGCAGCUCAAAAAACAAAUGCAUCCAUUGAUCAGGCUGCUUUCUGGAGAAAAUCCUUUAUCACAAAACACGAUGAAAAGCAUGCAUUUUCUAAAAUUUUGUUUUUGUAUUUUUCCCAAAUUUUGAGAAAUACUGAUUUACAUUUGUUUUCUUAAUUUGGAUACAUUUAUAUAAUAAAUCAAUAAAUAAAAUUGUCAAAUCAAUAUUGGAUACUGGUAAUCAAAACAAUAAAACACUAUUUAAUUGUUUUGCAAAGAAAAAUAUAUAAAAAAAAAUCAAAUGGUUUCUGUUUGAUAAAGAGCAUGUAUCUGCAAAUAAUUGAUUUAAGGUUGGAUGAAUAGCACGGUGACAUUUUUGCUACAAAUCUGUAAAAAUGGCCUUUGGAUCAGCCGUGUUUAGAGCACCAGCUAUACAAAUACCUCUAACAUAUUCCUUUAAAUAUGAUGCCAAAAACUGCGAAAGAGGUUGUGUUUGCACUGCAACACAACACUAGUUUGGAUUCUCACUUUCACCACACUCUUCUGCAACGAAAUCACCAAAGAGACUCGAUACAUGAUUGCUUCUUAUUUUUCAGAAGCCUGUUAUUCACGCUCUGUUAUUCUGUUCCCAACAACUGAUGUAACGAAUCGCAACAAAGCAGAUGCAUGAAUGUGCCAUGUCUUUAUGUAUGUUACAUAGUCCGAUAUGCCCUCUAUGAUGUUUGUAUUGUCACCAUACUUGUUUGUGUGAGUGGCUCCGUCACACAUGGUACAAAACUGCGGGGGUUGAAAUGGAGCUAAAUAAAAUGUGAAACAAAAUGUUUUUGUUUUGCUUAUGUCUUUGCGUCAAUACACCGUCACAUUGUGUUUGAACUAUGACAAUCAAGAUGUGAAUAAAGUGUAGAAUUUCA